CUCAUUGUGUCUAGCGUCAUACAGGUCUAUUUACGAACGGGGAAAUAACGGGGAACUGGGAGUGAAAAAAGUACCGUUUUGGAAUAACGUCUUUGUGGAAAAUAUGGAGUUUCUCAUAGGAAGCCCCUUCUCUUCUCCUGUUGGACAACGAAUUGAACGAGCCACCAGCGCCGCGCUGCAUGCAGAGGACUGGGCCCUUAACAUGGAGAUAUGUGACAUCAUCAACGAGACCGACGAAGGACCCAAAGAUGCAGUUAGAGCCAUAAAGAAGAGGAUUGUUGGUAAUAAGAGCUUCAGGGAGAUCAUGUUGGCUCUGACAGUUCUGGAGGCAUGUGUAAAGAACUGUGGCCACCGGUUCCAUGUUCUAGUGGCGUCCCAGGACUUUGUGGAGGGGGUUCUGGUCCGAGCCAUCCUGCCCAAGAACAACCCUCCCACCACCCUGCACGACCGGGUGCUGAGCCUCAUACAGGCGUGGGCCGAUGCGUUCCGUAGCUCUCCCUCUCUGGGAGGUGUGGUCUGUGUGUACGAGGAUCUGAGGAGGCGGGGCCUGGAGUUCCCUAUGACCGACCUGGACGCCCUCUCCCCCAUCCACACCCCCCUCAGGAGCAUUCCAGAGAACGACUCCUCUGUUACAGUGCCAGCUCCACCACCUCAGAGUCAGACUCCCCGUGGCCUUGCUGCCUCGUCCCCUACCCAGGCUGCACUGACUGCCGUGCCCCCGCAACUCAGCGAUGGACCCAUCUCCAUCUCUCCUGAACAGGCCCAGAAGCUGAGAGUUGACCUGGCUCUGGUCAGGGGGAACCUGACUGUGAUGACUGAGAUGUUGAACCAGUUGACGCCUGGACAGAGCCCGCAGGAGGACUCGGAGCUACUGCAGCAGUUGUACCAGGUGUGCAGGGAGAUGCAGAGCCGUGUGGUGGAGCUGAUCCCCAGGCUGCUGGACGAGGGCCUCAUAGAGGAGCUGCUGGUCGUCAACGAUGACUUAAACAAUGCCUUCCUCCGCUACGACAGGUUUGACAGACUCAAUAAGGCCCAGAGAACAGCUACAGAGCAGACUCCUGCCAGGGCGGCCAACCUCAUUGACCUCAGCCCUGUGCCCCAGUCCCUCAGCCAACCAGCAACCACCUCUGUGGCCGCCAGCCAACCCGCAUUCAGCGCUCCCUCCAAUCAGAGGCAGGCAGCCAACCACACCUGUCUCUGUGCGUCAGGUGCACCAGAGGAGGAUGAGUUUGACAUGUUUGCCCAGACCAGGGGCAGCUCUCUGGCCGAUCAGAGGAAGAGUAUGCGGUACGAGGACCCAGGAGCAGUGGAAGGACUGGCUGGAGCCCUGGACACCAGGUUACAGGUCACUGGAGCGAUUCCUUCGUCUAAGCCUGGCCCUAAGAACUCCACCCUGGGAGACAUUGACAGAUGGCUGUCUGCGGACACAGAAACGCAACCAGAGGCUGGGGACAGGGAAGGGCUGACCAGUGAGGAGUUUGACAAGUUUCUGGAGGAAAGGGCGAAGGUGGCCGACCACAUUCCCUCAACACACAGCCUGCCCCCCGUCUCGUCCAGGCCCCCGCCUCAAUCCGCCCGGCCACAGGAGAGGUCCCAUGACCAGCUUUUCUCACUCUGAGAGAACGCGCAGCACAGGUGGACUCACAGGUGGACACGUAGUCCUAGCCAACACAGGAUGAAUACGCACAGUGCCUUGCUACCUUUUUAAUCAUAGUGUUUCUACUUUCAAAUGAAGAUGUUUUUCAGUCUUCACUUUGUGCUGUUGCUGUAGUUAAAGUUUAUGACAUGAUGACAAUCGGUUAUGCUGUGGUGGCACUUUACUUUACCUUAUCAAUGUGUGUAUAUAUAUAUAUAUAUCACCUGAGUAUGCGUGCUUGGUUACACACACACACACCGCAUGGUGGUAUUUUUUAUUGAGUCUUUAUUUAACUAGGCAAGUCAGUUAAGAACAAAUUCUUAUUUUCAAUGACUGCCUACACCGGCCUAACCCGGACUCCCAAUCAUAGCCGGUUGUGAUACAGUCUGGAUUCGAACCAGGGGGUCUAGUGACACCUCUAGUGCUGAGAUGCAGUGCCUUAGACCGCUGCGCCACUCGGGAGCCCCCACUCGGGUAUCACAUCAUUCAAAGCCUAUACACUGAGGGUACAAAACAUUAAGAACACCUUCCUAAUAUUAACCCCCCUCAGAACAGCGCCAAUUUGUCUGGGCAUGGACUCUUCAAGGUGUUGAAAGCGUUCAACAGGGAUGCUGGCCCAUGUUGACUCCAAUGCUUCCCACAGUUGUGUUAAGUUGGGUGGUAGACCAUUGAUACACACAGGAAACUGUUGAGCAUGAAAAACCAAGUGUUGCAGUUCUUGACAUACUCAAACCGAUGUGUCUUGCCCAUUCACCCUCUGAAUGGCACACAAACACAAUCCAUGUCUCAGUUGUCUCAAGGCUUAAAAACCCUUCUUUAACCUGUCUCCUCCCCUUCAUCUACACUGAUUGAAAGUGGGUUUAACAAGUGACCUCAAUAAGGGAUCAUAGCUUUCACCUGGAUUCACCUGGUCAGUCUGUGAUGGAAAGAGCAGGUGUUCUUAAUGUUUUGUCCACUCGGCACAGACUUGUAAAUAUACACUAUCUAGAUUUCCUGAAUACUGAGACCAGUUGAAUCAAUGCAGAAAGCAAUAUCAACCUUUAAUGGAGAUUCACACUUAAUUCUAAUUCUGAAGUGCAGUAUAUGAACUAUGUGAACUGUGUAUUUUAUAUAUAUAUAUAUAUAUAUAUAUAAUGAAGCCUAGUAUUAUGAAUGAAAAUAAAAUAAAUUGAUAUUUGAAAACAAUAGUACAGUAUUAUUAUUUAUUAUAGUGAAACCUCAGUCUUGAUACGGUAUGUUGUUGUGGCUUUGACCAUGAGGUGAUUCCAGUAACCGUAAAUGAAAGGGGCUCUUGUCCUGGCGAACAUAUUUGGUCUGGGCUGCCAGUUUGUUAUGUUUCAGUCUCUGAGACUCAGGGUGAGCCACACGCUGCAGAUACUAGUUAUGUUUGACGUAGCGGGAGCUUGUGUGAUUAUGACCUCUCCUGACCACAGGGUUUCUCUCCUGUUCCUAGUAGCCUACUGGAGCUACAUACAUGGGAUGGUAUGAGGAAUUAUCAACUGUUUCCAGUACUGUAAGGCCGUUGUGAUAAAAUGAAGGUCAACAAGGCCUUUCCACCACGCUUCUCACCACUGCAAACCAUCCCCACUCUAGCAUUGUCUCUCUCCUUUCCUGCCUGUGGUGUUUCAGCACGAGGUCUUUGACUGAGUGAUCAUACCAGAGAGAGACGGUGUGGACAGUAUCGCCUGUUCCAGCCAUAGCUGAUAAAAUCCCUGUUGUUCAGGUGAUAAGAGAGACUCCUCCCAGCUCCUACUUUAUUGACAUCAGCUCUAUUUGUGUAUUAUUGUGUCCCUGUUCAAGGAUGUGUGCACUGAUACACUGACUGUGUGGGUUCAUGACUCCAAAACAACCAUGUAUUAUGAGAGGAAGAUGGAUAAACCACAUUAGACUUGCUAGUGGACAGGAGCCAGUGAAGUGGGACUGUCCUUUGUACCUAAUUGAGUCAAUGCCCUAGGCCUACUACAACUGUGCUUGACUUCACUUUAGACAUCCAUUCUUUGGAAAAUGGAUGUAUUGAUCAAUUGGUUAAGGAGCGUUUUACUGUGCUGGACAUAUCUGGUUGUCUUUCUCACCAGGGCAACUUCAAUGAUUCCCAACCAGGAGCAGGUGCGCAGUGAAACCCCUAUGGGCCAAAAGGACACAGAUUUCGAUGAUGUAUCCUUUCUACGGACCAAAUCAAGUAGUUUCGUAUCUUCCUCGCAGCCGAUUCGGCCAUAUUCACUCUCGGUGAAUGAGGGGGAUUACCAUUACGCUCCGAAACCCAAACACCUGCGGCACAACUGGCUCCUGCGCAUUUUGGGCUCGUCUUUUGAUCCGUUCUGGAUGUCCAUAGAACGCCCAGCCGAAGCAAGGGUCGACACCGAUGAGUCUGGUGGUCAAACUGCGUCUCGUGGUGACCCGCCCGCGUAUCCCGCCUUUACAAACUACACCACUAAGGAGGGGUUCAACUUCGGCGCGUCUCCAGAGCUGACCGAGGGUGCAGCGCGCUACCAACGAAAACUACAAAACGACGCAGAGGAUUUGAACUUGAGUGAACUUCCUGCAGACGUUGCCAGGACUCUGCGUGACUGGCUGGUCCGCUCGGCCACCUGUGGAAUGCGCUACCAGUGGGUAAAAUUAGCUCCAGUGUUCUGGCCCCGCUGGUUACGCCACACCGAUUGCGAAAAAUCUGUUGGCUCGCGGAGUUGCUCUUUCCCCAGUGGGAUGGCAUGCCGGCAGGCCCAAACCACACAGAUAAAGAUACUGGCCUGGCACUGCUGGAGCAGCGAAGAGAGAGGCGGGGAUGGGUUAAGAGAGAUGGCCGGGAUCGACAGGGGGACUGUGGUGGUGGGGACAGGUGUUGCAGGCAGAAAGUGUUUGUGGAGGCAGGUGCCUUAUCCUGUGGUUACAGCGUGUAAAUGUUCAUGCAAAUAGUUUUAUUUGAUCACUGUUAAUCACGAACAUGUAACCUAUUUGGGGUUGGCCUACAUUCAGGAGAGAAUUUAUUUAAACAUCUGAUUGUCAAUGUAGGCUUACGACAAUUUGUUUUGCAAUUUAUUAUCAAGUAUUGUUUGUCCAGCCUUAUAUGAUACCUGUAUACAAUUAAUUCACUUGGGUUUCGUAAUCAACUUGUUUUCAUUACUAUGAAACGAAGCUAUUGGACGAAAAUUGAAUAAACUUGGUGUUUCCAACCAAA